AUCGCCCGCGAUGGUGGGCGCCAUAACCGGAGUUCUGCAGCUGCCGUUGGCGCAACCGUCGGAGCGGGAUCCUCGCGUAGUCUGUCGCCGCAGGAUAAGUGUGUGGCCCUUGCCCUCUUUUUCUCCCCAUUCCCCUCGUCUCGGCCGUAGUGUUGCGCAGAGAGUUGGUGAGGAGCUAAAUACUUUAUGCCACCGUCGAUUACUGCCAAACACCGUCGUGAGGGUCUGCGGGCUGUGCCCGGAAGCUUCCUUAGGCCGCCGCGGGGGUGCUCGUUUAUCGACUUGGGCGCGUGCGACGAUUGGCGGGCAACAAUUUCUCGUCGGAGUGGGCGCGCCGCCGUAGAUCGCGCCGCGCCGUGGACCAGGGUCUGUGCGGCCCAAAUCCUAGACGAGCAAGCCACAGAGGAUCUAGGGGUUCAGCAGGUGGAGACUGCUGAGCAGGAGCUCGUUGAAGGAGAAGGACAUGUGGUUCAAGAGAAGCCGCCCAACGAGGAGUUCGACUUAAUCUAGGUGGCGUCUCCCAGUCAGCUUUGUGGCGCCAGGGAAAUAAUAAUUAGUUUGCUUUAUUAUUAUCAUUUAUUUUUGUAAGACUUCCGCUAUGUAAUAAGUACAUUUAUGAUAUUUAUGACAUUUUUCUCUAUGCACUC